AUGUCCUUGAGAAUCAUCCCUGCCAACAUCAUCAGCCGUUUACAGGCCCUUAGCACCGGCCAGACGCCCGACACCCCGAAUGAGGACGAACCCGCCGCUGAUACGGCUCCCAGGCACGCAGGUAGCCGCAAUGAGAAUGGCCAUUAUGACCCGUCCCCCAUAGACGUCGCCGUCGUGCGCAUCAUGCUCGCCAAGGCCACCAAGCUACCCGUGGAUGUCGUAGACGGCAUUUUCGAGCUCGCAGAGUAUUGGGUACGCACCACGACUGCCGCAGAUUAUUCCGGCAACGCGCUGUAUGUGAGCUCUCGCUCCGUUCAAGACAGGUUUCUGGUCCGAUCACUGCCCAUUGGGUUCACGAGCGAGCACGGCGGCGACCUAGAUCUCAAGGGCGAACCUGCCCCCGCGAAGCCUUUAAAAAGUACAGUACCCGCCAAUAAGCUGGCAAGAAUGGCAGACUAUCCGCUGCCUAAGCUCCAAGGCCCUGUGCGUAAAGUUGUCUUCAAGUUUACCUCGCAUGAUCAGGGCUGGUCGGGCGAGACUGGCGGCCUCUACGAAAACUCUUGGACCUGGUUUGAAGCUGGUCUAGAGCGGCUAGAAGACUCUGAAAUCGGUGCGCCUCGAGACCCUCCACCGACUGCUCUUUAUCGACAAGCCCUUCGACCUGUACAUCCGGCCAUCGAAGAAGUCAUAGAGGAGAAGAAAGAAGACGCUGAAAAUGGAGAAGCAGCACCGCAAGAGCCCCAAUUCCAAUAUCAAUUUCCGUUGAUCCAGAGUCCGAAAUGGACGGUCUGCCGAAACAAGCGCGCCCACAGAGACUGGCAAGACCACACCAUCACGUGGGCGUGCUACGAUGACGUACAGGCAGACUCUGACGGCAGCAAAGCUCUGGAGGAGAAUGGGCGCGGUCGGGAAACUGGCGACGGCGAGUUUGUGCGGAGCCUGCAGCUCGGUGAUGUGGUGACGCUGUGGGCAAAGGCCAGGUUCCCCGGCUGGGUCAACAACAUCUUAGCUGCCAGCAUUGACGUAUACUGGGCAGCCACUUGA